AUGGCUGUUACUAUGGACAUGGGCUUCGAACACCUCUGGAUAGACAAGUUCUGUAUCGACCAGAAUGACGGAAAAGAAAAAGAUGCUCAAAUCAGUCAGAUGGACUCAAUUUAUCACAAUGCAGAGUUGACGAUCAUUGCCGCUGCUGGGUCUGAUCCGACGUAUGGCUUACCUGGAAUAGGCAAUAAGCACCGCCAGCCGCACCCGACACUCGUCAUCAGAGAUAUCAACAUCGUCUCCACGCUCAGACACCCUGAAAAAGCAAUCCAAUCAUCGAAGUGGUCUACGAGAGGCUGGACACUUCAAGAAGCAGUUCUCAGUCGUCGUCGACUUGUUUUCACAGACGACCAGGUCUAUUUCGAAUGCAACGCCAUGAACUGCCAAGAGAGUCUCUCACCAUCGUUGGAGAGAUUCCACGUGAAGAACAAGUCAAAGUUCAGGAACGUGAUGCGAGCGGGAAUCUUUGGUCGUGGUGACCUCUAUGAACAGUAUGGCAUGUUCGACGAAGCAACUAUUUCACCAACCCGUAAUCUCUCCCGUUUUACCGAGAUAGUUCGUCGUUACACCGCCAGAGACUUGACGAAAGACGAAGACUCCCUGAGGGCUUUAUGCGGAAUAGUUCGCGAAUUUGAAACGUCUCAGAGUCAAAUCUUCCAGAUUCAAGGAAUCUCAUACUUGCCAAGCAUGCCAGAUAAGGCUCUGAAGUCUUUCCUGGACUCGCUGAUGUGGUUUCAUAAUGGGAUUUCCAUCAUGGUCGUGGGCUGGCUGGGCCGGCAAAGCUCAUUUGGCAAGUACCAGUUCAAAGGGAAAUUUCUUACUCAAACGGGUUGA